AUGUCUUUCUUCACCAUCAUCCCACCUUUGAUCAAGGCGGACCUGCCUCCGCCUCACAUCGGUAUCGACUUGAACCAGGGUGUCGCCUAUUUUCACUGCUCGACUUCUCGUUGCUACAAAAUAUGGGGCAUCGUCUGGGAUCGUAAUGUUCGACCCAGGGCAUGGCCAAGCCUGUCGGAUUUCUUUCAACAAUCUCACAGCACCUUGUGCGAAGAAUGUCGCCAGAAACAACGAAACGAUCCGGAAUCUGGUGGCCCAUGUUCGACGAUCGUCUCAGCAAAGAUCGAACACCCAAGUUGUCAACAACUACCUCACUCAAACCCAACCUUGGACUUGAUCCCGAAGACCCAGAACGAAUCCAACAGCCUUGGAGCAGCGGAGCAAAAAAGUGCUGAAGACCUUGAUUACAAUGAGGUCAUGGUCGUGGAAGACUUCGAUCAAUUGCCAAAAGUAUCACAGGGUUCUCAGAAACUCGAAUUGUCGGCCCAACAGACCUCUAAGACCCCUGUCCACUCGGAAAGCGAGUGGGUUGUGGUUGAUGGUUUACAAAAAGAGCCAUAA